UAACAAUAAAAUAGCAACUUUUUGUAAAAAUAAAUAAAUAUUUUAGUUCUUUUUCCCUUUCCUUCCACCACUAGUUCCGGCCGGUCGUUUUCUUCCCUACUGUCGUCGUCGUUUUCUCUCCCUUAUACUAGUUUCGGGCGUUAUCUAUCAAUUGCUAAUAUUGGUUGUUGAAAGCAAAAGUUAAAUCCCUAAUUUGGGGAGAAAAACCCUAAUUUGGUGAUUACCGUAAAUUAUAAGCUUGGUUUGUUUCGUCUCAAAACUCUGAGAGUUGAUACACAGAGACAUUCUUCUCCAUCAUUCGAUCGAUCAAAUGUCGCUUUUAAGGUUCAGGUUUGGUUCUUCUUCUUCUUCUUCUAUUCCCACUUUUAUUAUUCCCGGCUGCGAUUAUACUCUCACUCUACAUUCAUUCCCAAUCAUGAUAUUGCGGUUAAAAAUGCUGUUUCCCCAUUCCAUUACAUGCUCCGUAAGAAUCCUACCCCAUCCAUUGUUCGAUUUAACAGGAUUUUAACUUCCCUUGUUAAGACUAAAAACCAUUACACCACUGCUAUUUCCCUUUAUCGUCAAAUGGAAUUCAAGGGGAUUACCCCUAACUUAAUUACUUUCAAUAUAUUGAUAAACUGUUAUUGUCACCUAACUCAUCAAAUUACUUUUUCCUUUUUUGUAUUGGGAAAGAUUCUCAAGUUGGGUUAUCAGCCAGAUACUAUAACCUUCACCACUCUUAUUAAAGGUCUAUGUCUUAGUGGCAAUGUUCAGAAAGCAUUGCACUUUCAUUACCAUCUUCUGGCAAAGGGAUUUCAGUUGAAUCAUGUUAGUUAUGGGACUUUGAUUAAUGGCUUGUGUAAAACCGGGGAAACUAGAGCUGCCCUGCAAAUGUUGAGACAAAUUGAAGGGAAAUUAGUCAACACCGAUGUGGUAAUGCAUAACAUAAUCAUUGAUAGUUUGUGUAGAGAUAAAUUUGUAACCGAUGCUUAUGAGUUAUAUUCUGAAAUGAGCACAAAGAGAAUUUCUCCUAAUGUUGUCACUUUCAAUUCUCUAAUCAAUGGAUUUUGUAUUGUUGGUCAACUGAAAGAAGCAUUUGCUUUGUUUGAUGAAAUGGUAUUAAAAAACAUCACCCCAGAUGUAUAUACUUUUAAUACAUUGGUUGAUGCAUUUUGCAAGGAAGGAAAUGUGAAACAAGCUAACAAUGUGUUGGCUAUGAUGAUGAAAGAAGGUAUAAAACCAAAUGUUGUUACUUAUAAUGCUUUAAUGGACGUGUAUUGCUUAGUUAAUCAAGUGAACAAUGCCCUAAAUAUAUUCAACACUUUGGCCGAUAAGGGAGUGACUCCUAAUGUUCGGAGCUACAAUAUCAUGAUUAAUGGAUUAUGCAAGAAAAAAAUGGUGGAUGAAGCCAUGAGUCUCUUUGAAGAAAUGCAAAGCAAGAAGAUUGAACCUAAUACAGUAACUUACAGUACUCUUAUCGAUGGUUUGUUCAAAUCGGGGAAAAUCUCUUUUGCAUUGGAGCUUGUUGAUGAGAUGCAUGAUAUAGGUCAACCUGCCGAUGUAAUCACGUACAAUUCUUUAUUACAUGCUUUGUGCAAAAAUCAUCAACUUGACAAGGCAAUUGCAUUUGUUGAUAAAAUUAAAGGCGAAGGUAUUCAGCCAAAUGUUUGCACAUACAAUAUACUAAUUGAUGGACUAUGCAAAGGUGGAAGACUUAAGAACGCUCAAGUGAUUUUUCAGGAGCUUUUGACUAAAGGCUAUAAUGUAACUGUUUGGACGUAUAAUGUUAUGAUAAAUGGGCUUUGUAAGGAGGGCUUGUUUGAUCAAGCACUUGCAUUAUUAUCAAGAAUGGAAGACAAUGGUUGCAUUCCUGAUGUUGUAAGUUAUGAAACAAUUAUUGAUUCUCUCUUUCAAAACGGUGAGAGAGAUAGGGCAGAUAAACUUGUACAUGAAAUGAUUUCUAAAGGUCUCUACUACAAGAGUAAAACGCAGUAAGUUGUUUUGGGUAGGAGAGGAGGAAUGAGGAUAAUGGUAUCAUUCCCGAUGCCGUAACUUAUGAAACUACUAUUUUCGCUCUCUUUCAUAAAGAUGAGAAUGAAAAGGCGGAGAAACUUCUCCGUGAAAUUAUUUCUAGAGGUCUACUGUAACAAUAACUUUAAGUAAGAUAAUUUCUCAUUAUAUAAUUGGUUGUUUUGAUGAUGACAAUUAUGAAAUUAUUAUGAUUUAUUUAUUUAUUUUGUUGAUAGUUAUAUUUACAAAAGAAAAGGUGGACUACUCGAUGGCCUCACUAUCACUUUGAUAUUAAUCAAAAGACAUGCGUUGCUGUUAUGAUCAUUUCAAUAUUAUAAUGACAUUAAUGGUUGAUUAUAUUUUGACACAGUAAUCCUUUAUCUUUGCAAUGUACUGUCAACCAGCCUCAUGGUUGUUAUCAGAAUGUAUCCAGCUCGAGUAUCAUAAGCAGUGGUUGUUAUCAGAAUGUAUCCAGCUCGAGUAUCAUAAGCUCGAGUAUCAGAAUGUACUCCCAAUCAUGAUGUUAAAAAUGCCGUUUCGUCAUUCCAUCGCAUGCUCUGUGUGAAUCCCACACCAUCCGUUGUAGAAUUUAACAAGAUUUUAAAUUCCCUUGUUAGGAUGAAACAUUACCCAACUGCUAUUUCACUUUCUCACCAAUUGGAAUUUAACGGAAUUAUGCCAGAUAUUUUUACUUUGAGUAUCUUGAUCAAUUGUUACUGCAACUCCCGUCAAAUGAUUCCUGAGGCUGUAACUUAUGAAACAAUUAUUUGUGCUCUCUUUGAAAAUGAUAAGAAUGAUAAGGCAUUGAAACUUUUACAUGAAAUGAUUGUCAAAAGGUGUACUGUAAGAAAAGAACCAGUUUGAGUUAAAGUUUCAAUCCAUUCCAAUGCAGGAAUGGACACAAAUGAGCUCAGUAUUUUGAGCAAAUGAUACUUCUGAGUCCUCACUCAGCUUAAGGACUCUUGGUUAGCAUCAUGACAUGUCCUUGACCCUUUGUUGCAUAAACAAAUGUACAACUCAUCUCAAGAGGCAAGUUUUUUCUUCUUCAUGUAGGGUAUGAACAAUCCAAGAGUAUUCCAUGUGACAUCCUAUGGUGCAGACUGCAGACACAACAGGAAAUUCAGAUAGCACAGAAGCACUACUUGCAGCCAUAGCAGAUGCAGCAAUGCCAUCAAAUGAUCUACGUGAAGGACAUUUGCUGGAAAGCAUAAAAAACCUUGCAGGUGCACAGAUUAAUCUUGAAGGUGGAAAUUACAUGAUCAGCAGGUCAUUAAAGUUUCCGGUAGCCGGCGUUGUGAACCUCAUGAUACAUGGAGGAACAAUAAAAGCCUCAGAUGAUUUUCCUAAUGAUGGCUACAUUAUUGAUUUAUCAAAUAAUUCACCUUCAGCAGCCUACAAUACUCUUGUUUCUAGUAAUCUGUACUUUGACUUCGAGGAAUUCCGACAUUGCAAAUGUUGCUAACGAAUUUGGGAGCCACACCACGUCUGAUUUGUAAGUUCAUCGCUCGUAGCAAGGCGAGCAAUUGUAAACAUAAAGACAUUUGAAUCUGGGAAGAUACAUAAUGGUUUCAGAACGUAAUCCUGUUGUUGCAACUCCCUUGUUGCUGGAAGAUUGAUUUCCUACAAUGUCUCAAGGAUCAAAUCAGCAUGUUUACUUUGUUCCUGAAAUAAACAGAACUUAUAAAGUUCCAUAUCUUGAGAUGAUCAAUUUCGAAAGUUUUGGUGUUUUUGUGUUUCAUUAGAUUUGAUUACGGUGUCUUAACACUCUUUUUGUUCUGCAUUUUGCCAUCCACCAGGUUGUAUAUUAUCAGGUGCUGGGAGGCAGCCUUACAGUAAGGGCUAGGUUUAGUGAUUCUCAAUUCUAGGUGUUUUGGUUGGACAGACAUUUCACACUCUUUUUUAAACAAUUAGGACAAAUAAAUAAACUAAAAGAUUUGAUUACUUUGAAGGUUAACUAUUUUUUAUUUUUGUUAGUUGAUAUAAGAAGGUUGACAACUUUGACUUAGCCAUUUGAUCAGACAUUUUUUAUUUAAAAGAAUUUUAGAAACUAGGAUAAUACACUCGGUGACGCACCAGAUACAGCGUUGCUGCAAUUUUUUUAAUGUAAGGCGAAUUUGUACCGUUAAAAAAUUAUUCGUCAUCGUAAGAUUGUUAUAUGAUGUAUGAUAGCUAUAAUUGUAAUAUUUAUUAGUGACAAUUUCUUCAUACAUAAUAAUAUUGAACUUGUU